AUGCGUGGUGAGAUUUGCCAUCUUCACAUCGGCCAGGCUGGUACUCAGCUGGGUAACAGCGCCUGGGAGCUGUACCUUCUUGAGCACGGUCUCAAGGCUGAUGGCCAGAUUGACCCCGAGGCCGCUGAGAAAAUUGGAGACCCUGGUUCUUAUGACACUUUUUUCAAUGAGACCAGCGGCGGCAAAUAUGUGCCUCGUUCUAUCUUCGUCGACUUGGAUCCUUCUCCCAUCGAUGAAAUCCGCACGGGUGACUACCGCUCGCUCUUCCACCCUGAGAUGCUGAUUAACGGCAAGGAGGAUGCUGCCAACAACUAUGCUCGUGGUCACUACACUAUUGGAAAGGAGUUGGUCGACAAGGUCAUCGACCGCAUUCGUCGUGUUACCGACAACUGCUCUUCCCUCCAGGGUUUCCUGAUUUUCCACUCUUUCGGCGGUGGUACUGGAUCUGGUUUCGGUGCCCUGUUGCUGGAGCGUCUUGCUACCGACUACGCAAAGAAGUGCAAGCUCGAGUUCUCCGUCUACCCAUCUCCUCGUGUCUCGACCGCCGUCGUUGAGCCAUACAACGCCGUCCUUUCCACCCACAGCACCAUUGAGAACUCCGACUGCACCUUUUUGGUGGACAACGAAGCUGUCUACGACAUUUGCCGUCGCAACUUGGACAUCCCUCGCCCCGGCUACGAGCACUUGAACCGCCUGAUUGCCCAAGUCGUCAGCUCCAUCACCUCUUCUCUUCGCUUCGACGGUGCCCUCAACGUUGAUCUGAACGAGUUCCAGACCAACUUGGUGCCAUACCCUCGUAUUCACUACCCUCUCAUCUCCUACGCCCCUGUGGUCUCCAGCAACCGCAGCUCCCACGAAAGCUUCAAGGUCAACGACCUCACCUUCCAGUGCUUCGAACCCAACAACCAGAUGGUUGUCUGCGACCCUCGCAACGGCAAGUACAUGGCUGUUGCUCUCCUCUACCGCGGUGAUGUUAUGCCUCGUGACUGCAAUGCCGCAAUUGCCUCCGUCAAGGCCAAGGCUUCCUUCAACCUGGUCGAAUGGUGCCCUACCGGCUUCAAGCUCGGCAUCAACUACCAGAAGCCACAGAGCGUCCCCGGCGGCGAAUUGGCAGCCGUCGACCGCUCCGUCAGCAUGUUGUCCAACACCACCGCCAUCGCCGAAGCUUGGAACCGUCUCGACCACAAGUUCGACCUCAUGUACUCCAAGCGUGCUUUCGUGCACUGGUACGUUGGUGAGGGUAUGGAGGAGGGUGAAUUCUCCGAGGCCCGUGAGGACUUGGCUGCUCUCGAGAAGGACUACGAGGAGGUUGCUAGCGAUGGCAUUGAAGGCGACCUCGAGGAAGAGGCCGAGUACUAG